AGCUCAUGAGCACACAGCCGUGCAGGAGGGAGGUGCCGGCCCUGCGCCCCGCCCCGGCCCCGCGCAGCCCCGGGGCGCGGAGGCGUGCGGAACAGCGCGGAACCGAAGGGCGCGCAGGGGCGCGGAGCUGAGAUGUGCAGGAUGUCGUUCAAGAAAGAAACACCACUCGCCAAUGCUGCAUUUUGGGCUGCAAGAAAAGGAAACCUGGCUCUUCUCCAGCUGCUGCUGAACAGUGGGCGAGUAGAUGUGGACUGCAAAGACAGUCUUGGCACAACAGCUCUGAUGGUAGCGUCUUACUAUGGUCACGUAGACUGUGUACGGGAAUUGGUGUUGCAAGGAGCAGAUAUCAAUCUGCAGAGAGAGUCGGGUGCAACUUCACUGUUCUUUGCUGCACAGCAAGGCCACAAUGAUGUAGUGAAGUUUCUCUUCGAAUUUGGAGCCUCCACUGAAUUUAAGAAUAAAGAUGGAGGUACUGCUCUUCUAGCUGCUUGUCAAUAUGGGCAUGCAAAAGUAGUGGAAACUCUGUUGAAGCACGGCGCCAACAUUCAUGAUCAACUUUAUGAUGGAGCUUCUGCAAUUUUCCUGGCAGCACAAGGAGGCUAUCUGGAUGUCAUCCGACUUCUGCUUUCAUCAGGAGCAAAGGUUAACCAGCCACGGCAGGAUGGUACUGCUCCCCUGUGGAUUGCAUCGCAGAUGGGUCACAGCGAAGUGGUGCGAGUAAUGCUGCUCCGGGGAGCUGAGAGAGACGCUGCACGGGAUGAUGGUACAACUGCUUUACUGAAGGCUGCCAUUAAAGGGUACAACAAUGUGAUAGAGGAGUUGCUGAAAUUCUCUCCCACGCUUGGCCUGCUGAAGAAUGGGACCUCUGCUCUCCACGCAGCCGUCCUGAGUGGCAACGCAAGGACAGUGGCACUGCUCCUUGAAGCUGGAGCUGACCCGUGCCUGAGGAACAAGGCAAAUGAACUACCAGCAGAACUAACAAAAAAUGAACGCAUCCUCCGACUUCUCCGCAUGAAGGAAAAGCAAAGGAAGAGCUAAUGCAGUCCUGUAGCAAACUGGUUUGACAGAGAUGUGCCCUGACCACAGUAGCAUGACAGUAAACCCUGACAGUUGCCCGAGAAGGGCUUGUUGGAACAGUUUGCAGAACUGAUCAGCCUCUCCAGCACAUGCUCCCUGAACACACAAGGCUCUUGUCAUGGAGUUACCACGCGCUGGGGCCUCCGCUGGCAUUGCUGAGCACAGAAAGACUGCAGUGGGAGCAGGUUUGGCCUGGGAGAUGUGUUUGCACCACCUGCACUCCAGGAUCCCACCAGUCCCAGCACCCACGUUUGCUCCUCCAUGACUGCAGCGUAUGCAUCCCCGCACACGCAAGCGCAUCCACCGUUUCAGACACAUGUUCCUGUACUGGCAUGGCUACACACCCAUAACAGGUACUCUCGUGGGUCAGAAGGACUCAGCCCUUGUGCCAAAAGGAUGUCCAGAUCUUCCAGCUGUUUGGAUGCAGUCGGUCCUGGAGGAGCCCCAUGGUGCUGCUGCCCUCCCUUUGCUGGCAGAGCUGGUCCAGAACAUUCCUCUCUACCUCCAAGUGCUGCGUGGGGCUAGAGGUGAAAUCGCACCUGUGACAUCUCAAAGGGAAACAUCUCCUGCCAGCCCAGGGCUUUGGUAACAUUUUGGCUACUACUUGAAGCUCCACAGAAGUGCUCCAGAGCAUUACAAAUUAUGCCAAAAGCUAUCAACCAAACAAUAAGCAAAGAGAUGUCCUCCUCAGUCAUAGCAUCCUGAUCUGUCAAUCUGUCCAGCAACAGAAACACAGCAGAGCAGUUGGCAGCAUCUUGUGAUGCAUUCGCAAUGCUUUGGGGGUCCAUCUCCAAGCCUACAGUCUACAUAUGUGCAUUUUCCUGGGUAGGGGAGGACCAGUUACUGAGCAAACCAACCAGGGCAUAUCAUUCACUGGUGCAAAUACACAGACACUUAGCUGUUGGGUACAACAGCACAGAUGUGAGAUAAGUAGUAUAUGUAUGUACUGCACACGCAUAUAUGUGACACUAUGGUUUAUAACCCACAGCUACUAUGCAAUGCACUUGUUCCUCAGGACUGUGACGGGAGUUAAGGGUGAAGUGUGCAGUGUACAGGUGUUUCAACAGCUGGUGAGAGAGUUACAUGUAGCUGCACUUGAACAGGCCCACUAAUUAAUGUGGGCAUGGAAAGUGAAGGCCUAACAGUAAUUUUGGCCUUUGUUGUGGUUGAGACACUUAGACAUGCUACUAGUGCCUGUGUGGAGAAGGCAGUGCUAAUUGUAGAUGGUUUGUGAAUAGCUAUGUUUUAACCAUAUUGCUGUAAGACACCCCAUUAAAACCCAGUUAUUUUUGCUGUAUAAACAGUAUAUACUAAGUCCUAUUAGCCACAAAAAACAUUAGAGAUUAUUUUGUAGUGAGUUGAGGUAUAGUGUUAGUUCAGUGCAUAAAUCCAGGCACUUUACCUGCCUUCAAACCUUAGCAAAUUACUGAAAAAUUGUGUUAAAAGUUGAGAACAGGGAAGACUGUAGAGAAGCAAAAUGUUCCCUGCUUAACCAAUGUCUGCCUAGGACUCAACUGAAUUGUUGCACUUUUGCUUCAGUUAGUUAAAAAAAAAAAAAAAAAGAAAAAAAAAAGCUUUCGGUGACCUAGCACAAAUGAAUGUAGUUUACUUAGUGCAAAUUAGCCAUAUAUAUUACCAAAUCAUAAUGCUAUUCUUUUUAUGAGUAACUUAGGUAAGAACUUCUGGUGAAGAGAACAGAAGUGGGCAAACCUUUGCUUGGGAGCUGGAAUUGCUAUUCAGUUCCUAUUAAGCAUUAGAAAGGAAAACUUUAAAUUUUCCAACAAAA